UUUGGUGGAAACCCAGGCUUUAUCAAGAGCUGGAGAGACCAACUGCCAGCUCUUUCUGGGGACAAGCUGCCAUGGAACUGAGGUGCGGGCUGAGGACCACCAAGUACCAACUGCUGGUGACCAGCCUCUGUGUCAUGCUGCUGGGGCUCUCCAUUGCCACGCUGAGCACAGUCACCCACUAUGGGCUCCGUUUCACUCUCAUUAGCAAUGUCUCCCUGGACAGCAAUGCCUACAAGGUCAUCCACCAUACAGCUUUCUACUUUGGGAUCUGCCUGAGCAUGACCCUGAUCCUGGCAGCCCUGCUGAGCUCUGCCGCCACGGUGCAGGAAUCACAGUGCCUCACUGCCACGGGAUUUUUCUGUUUUGCUCUGGCCUUUUGUGGAUUGAUCCCAGCUGCCUGCUGGAGAUACACACACAGCACGGAGGUGGAAGACAGCAUGAUGGAUGUGUAUGAUUUUGUGUAUGAGGAGGUGAGGAGGAACACCUCUAGCUUCAGGAGGCAUGAGCUGACAGCCAUCCAUGAAGCAUUCCUUUGCUGUGGGAAGCACUCUCCUUUUGGGGACACAACCAAUGUUGAGAACAAGACGUGCCCACCCGACCAAGUGCAUGAUGAAGGACAGGACUGCCUGCAAGAGAUCCAGGACUUUCUGAAGAAGCACAUGGACUUUGUCUUCUUGCUCCUGGGCAUCACCAUUGGCUUCACGGUUUAUGGGAUGUUCCUAACUUCAUUCCUCUGGUUCUCCAUCCACUUCAGCAGCAACCUGUAUCGGAAAGGCAAAUACAUCCUGAGAGAGAAGUAGAAACCUGAUGCCUGGGCAUCCCUAACAGGCAGAGCCAGCUCUUGGCACAGGAAGAUUCUGAAGUUACCCACAAAAUGCCAUGGGAAGGUAUUUCGUGGGGUCAGGUGGUGGGAUGUGUGUCACACAUUUCCCUUUCCUGCACUACUACUGAGCUCAGAGAUGCAGAUUCCCUCAAUGGGAGACGUACGGGCUGUGGCUCCACAAGAAGGACACAAAGAGUUCUUUACAACCAAAUGGAGAGAAAAACCCAGCAAAAAUCACAGCAUUACACCAAACUUCUCUCGUGCUGUCAUCUGAGCAGAUUCCUGUGACCCCCAAAGAUGCAAUGUUUUUAGGAAGAUGGCUUUGGAUAGCAGCCCAGGAUCAAUGUUGCACUAUCAGUAAAUAAAUGACAGGAAGUGUGUCACCACUGAUGGGAAAUGUGCUCUCCCAGCCUGGACACGUGCAAUGAUUAACUUUGGGCAUGUUUCUGAUCAUGCUGGGGUACACAGGCAUCCAAUGACUGUCAGCUAGUUUUCCCAUUUUCAAAUGCUGCCAAAUUUAUAGAACUUUUGGUAGAGAUCAGGACAAAAUGUCAGAAAGUAGUGAAUGAGCUUUGAAACAACUGACCAACAGAAGGACAUAUUUCUGUUA